AUGGCUACUGUUGACCAACCAGCUGUAGAAAUACGCAGAAAAAGGGCUGAAUUUCACCCUUCUGUUUGGAAUGAUUUCUUUGCCCGCUCCAUCGCCUUCGAUCAUCAUGAUUCUCAGCAGACUUUGAAGGAAGCCCGGGAACUGACGGAACAAGUCAGGGAACUGCUCAGGGGAGCUGCUAGUAAUGAUGAUAAGAAGAUCACCAAUACGAUUCUGGAAAGGCUGGAGAUGAUUGACGCCGUGCAAAGGCUUGGCAUCGGUUAUCGUUUCGAACAAGAAAUUGAAGCUGCUCUCCUUCAAAUCUCUUGCACUGACGAUGAUGAUGAUGAUGACGACAACGUUGACUUGUACGCUGUUUCCCUCCGGUUCCGGCUUCUCAGGCAGCAGGGCUACCCCAUCAAUCCCACGCGUGUGUUGGAGAAAUUCAAAGACGAGAAGGGCAACUUCAGGGACGAUCUGGCCGGCAACGUGAAAGGGCUGCUGAGCUUGUACGAAGCUGCUUACUACAGAGUGAAUGGAGAACAGAUAUUGGAUGAAGCACUUGAGUUUGCAAGAACUCACCUUGGGCCCAUUGCCCAGCUAGAGGACUCGCCUUGGGCUGACCGAGUGAGACACUCGUUGAAAUGGCCCAUACUCAAAGGGCUGCCCAUAAGAGAGUCGAGGCACUUCAUGUCGUUUUACAAACAAGACGAGACCCACAACGAAGCCAUUCUGAAGCUAGGGAAGCUGGAUUUCAACUUCGGGCAGAAGUUGCAUCAACACGAGCUUAAACUUCUCACCAAGUGGUGGAUGGAUUUGGAUACGUCGAAUACGCUUUCAUUUGCGCGAGACAGAGUGAUAGAGUGUUACCUAUGGGCCCUCGGACCACUUGUAAAGCCAGAUCAUACCACCGGAAGAAUAUUCCUCGCCAAAAUUACUGCACUUGUCUCCAUCCUAGAUGAUAUCUUCGAUGUCCACGGCACUCUUGAUGAACUCGAGUCCAUCGUCAAUGUCAUUGAGAGGUGGGGGAUCAGUGAUGAAGAUGUGGUGCCGAACUAUUUCAAGUUUUGGUUCAACACAUUGCUUGACCUGUUUGCUGACAUAGAAGCUCAUGUAUCAAAGGAAGGCAGGUCCUUUUGUAUGGUGUAUGCAAGGAGAGGGGUGAAAGAGUUGGUGAGAACAUACAUCAAGGAAGCAAGGUGGUACAACAAAGGUUACAUACCAACAAUGGAAGAAUAUGUGCCUAAUGGUUAUGUGAGCGUGGGUUAUCCCCUAGGUAUGACAAUUCUUUGUUGUGGGAUGGGGGAAGCUGCUUCAGAAGAGGUCUUCCAAUGGCUGUUCAAUCAACCAAACCCUAAUAUUGUUGUGGCCGGUUCUAGCAUUGUCAGGCUCAUGGACGACAUAGUCUCUCACGAGUUCGAGCAAGAGAGGGGUCAUGUUGCUUCGUCCGUGGAGUGUUACAUGAAACAAUAUGGUGUGUCAAAACAAGAGGCACAUGUGGGCUUGAACAACUUGGUGAAGAUUUUGUGGAAAGACGUGAAUGAAGAUAUGUUGCGACCUUUGAAGGCUCCGUUGCCAGUUCUGACGGCCAUAAUCAACCUGGUGCGAGUCAUGGACUUGUUGUAUAAAGACGAAGACACUUACACAAAUGCCAAGACCUUCAUGAAAGAAGUGAUCACCAGCACUUUGGUGGAACCAGUGCCUAUAUAACUGGUCUCGUUUUUUUUGUAACAAUAUCUUGAGCAAUAAUUUAUUUGAGUGAAUAUGCGCGUGCAUCACACUAGUCAAUAAUGCAAACUUAUUGUAAAAUAAAAAGUCAAUAAUAAAAUCUCAUGAUAUAAUAAUUUACAAUCA